AUGGUCACAGCCUUUUGUCGUCAGUUAGGAUGGAAAAAUAUGGAAAUGUUGAUAUCACAAUUUCAAGAUCGUUUACACUUCGGUAUUCAUUCUGAAUUAUUAGAACUAAUGAAAUUGCCAUCUUUGAAUGGUAUAAGGGCCAGAACACUUUUUGAUUCUGGUUUCGAAUCAAUUUCAAGUAUUGCUUCAGCCGAUAUACAUACUAUUGAAAAUAUUCUUCAUAAGUCUGUACCUUUUCAAAGUGAAAAAGCCAGAGAAGAUGAUGAUAAUGAUGAUAUAAGAAAGCGUAAUAAAAUGAAAAGUGUUUGGAUAACUGGCUAUUGUGGUAUAACUAUAAAAGAAGCUGCUGAAAAUCUUAUAAGCGAAGCUAGAAAACAUCUUUCCCUUGAAAUUGGUGUCGUUGAUAUCAAUUGGAAUAACAAAUUAACGGAAAAAACUGAAGCCUUAGGAAAGUUAAGUACUGAUACCAUGAACUGUGAAAGUCAAAAAAUUAUGUCUGAAAAUAAGACUCAAUCUAAAAUUGGUCUAGCUGGUAUUGUUCAAAAUAUUUCGUUUGACAAAAUAGAAAAACUUGAAACUUUUGAUACUGAGACGAGGAAAACAAAACACGAAACAGAAAAUACUACUUUUCAGAAGAAUCCCUCUCAGUCAAUGUUAGCUAAAUCUACAAAAGAAAAAGAACGUAAAGACAAUUAUCUCUUUAACCAUAAAAUCGACUUAAAACAUCUAAACAAACCAAAUCUGACCUGUGCAGUUAAUGAAAAAGAAAAGGAUACAAAUUUACCGGAUAAUACUUUACAUAAUGGUUUUAAUGUCAAUAACUCAGAAAUCAACUGUCCUAUGCUCGGUACAAAAGAAUCCCAGUUUCAAAAACUAGAACAAGUUAAUUGUAAUAUUGCAAAAAAGGACAAUGAUAAAAGUAUUGAUAAUACAGUUUUAACUGCAAAAGAAAGUAUAUUAUGGGAUUCUCUAAAUUUCACCGAAAAUGGAUUAGAAAAUAUAACAAAAUUACGCACAUCCGAUAAAAUGUCUCCGAAUGUUAGUUUUGGUGAAUUCGAAAAGUCUAUAGCAGCGAGUAAUAUUUCAGAAACUAUGAAUUCUUCAAAACAAAAUAUCUCAACUAAAGACAUAAGUUUGUUUUCGUCUGAAGGGGAUAGUUCGAGUUUAUUCGAAGAAAGCUUGCCAAUAGAUUUAAUAUCAAGUAACCUGUUCGACAAAGAAUCAAAUAUAUUACGUAAGCAAGAAACUACUUCAGAUUAUGCUAGCAUCGAUUCUAACACGCUUUUAAAUGCUUUCAAAACCACUUUAAUUGAAGUUGAAGAUUCGGAAGAGGACGAUAUCAAGUUAGUUUACGAGGAUGAUGUAAUUUCAGAAAAUGAGUUACCUAAAACAACAAAUAUUGCAGAGUUUAAUGUAAUAAUAGACAAAAAUAAUAUUUCUUAUAAACGCAGUUAUAAUUUGAGCAAACAAACUGAACCACUUUUUAAGAAAAAGAAAACGGACGAUGAGUUUGUAUUAACUAAUAUUAAAGAAACAUCAAAAGCAAUAUCUUCUUCCCUUAACAUUCAUACGAAAAAUCCAUUAUCAAAAAGACUUACUAUGGACUUUAACAAAUAUGAAUUGAAUUGUUACGUAUUACGGGGCAAUGAUAUUAUUAAUAAUAUUCAUGUGAUUGAAGAUGUUCAAAUAGCUUCUAUUUAUUUUACGUUAAAUCAAUGUAUUGGAAUAAGCAAUGAAAUAAUAGGAAGUGAAGUAAUUGAUAAUGCUAAAUAUAGAACAGCAACUUCCUUAAAUGAAAAUUCUCCAGUGAAGGGGAUUUCAAUAUUUUUUAACAAAGAUAUAUGUAUUUAUUUAGAUUUUACGGCCAUGGAUGAUAUCCUAGAAAUGAAGCAUAGGUUAAAAUGUUGGUUUAAAAAGAAAGUGUUAUUUAAGGUGUUAUGUUCAAAAACUGUGAAUAUGAAAUUAAAGCAAUGGCUUGGUGUAAAUUUACCAAGUAACUGUACAGACAUUAGUUUGUUUGAAUGGCUCAUCGACAGCACGGAAAAAAUACCGGAUAUUGAGUAUUUGACUAAAAAAUAUUGUGGCAUCAAUUUUUCAAACUGGUCAUUAAAAAUUGACGGCCAGCAAAAGAGGUUUAAAGGUCUAGAUAUUGUUGAAACACAGUGUAUAAGGACCUUUUAUAUAUGGAUGAUUGCAGAAAAGCAAGAAAAAGUAAUUUUAGAAAACUUUUAUCCCCUGCAAAAUAUAGUCGAUACCGAAAGUCAAGUUUCGAAGAUUCUAGCUAACAGUGAAUAUUACGGAAUUACCACAGACAAGGAUCUCGCGUCGCGUCUUUUGAUUGAUGUUAGAAAUUCCCAAGAUAUUCUCCAGAAGAAGGCAUAUAAACUUUGCGGAUAUCAUUUCAACUUUAACUCUUCGAAAGAUGUAGCUAAGGCUUUAGGCAUAUACAACGGUCGUAAAGUGAGCACAAAGAAGAGUGUGCUAACCUCUCACAACAGUCCUCUGUCAAGUAUUGUUAUUUAUUGGAGGAAGCUUAAUUCUAUAUUGACGAAAACGUUGUACCCACUCACGGAAAAAGCCUGUAUAUACACCGAAGGAAAUAGAAUAAAUCCCUCGUACACAAUGUUCACCUGCACUGGCCGCAUCAGUAUGCAUGAGCCAAACCUACAAAAUGUUCCGCGCACUUUUUCAAUUCCCAGUGAAUACCUUACACUGAAUAAAGCUAAGUGUGAUGAAGUAGUGGAGUUCAACUGCAGGAACAUAUUUAAAGCAGCCCCUGGCUAUAUAAUAGUGUCGGCGGACUAUUGUCAGUUGGAAAUGCGGAUUCUGACGCAUUUUAGUAAAGACCCGGUGUUGAUGGACAUUAUGAAUUCUGAUGUUGAUGUGUUCAAAUCUAUUGCGGCUUUAUGGAGCAAUGUAGCUGAAGACGAGGUAGACGACGACCUAAGGCAAAAAGCAAAACAACUCUGUUAUGGUAUUAUUUAUGGGAUGGGAAACAGAACGCUGGGACAGCAUCUCGAUGUGACUGAAAUGGAAGCAGCUAUAUUCAUGGACUCAUUCUAUAAGACGUACCCUGCUGUAAAAAUGUAUAGUCAGUCAGUAGUAGAAGAAUGUAGGAAAAAAGGAUAUGUGGAGACACUUGCACAACGCCGCAGAUAUCUACCUGAUAUUCGCAGUAGUGUGACUGCUAAAAAAAGUGCAGCGGAACGUCAAGCAGUCAACACAACCAUCCAAGGUUCGGCCGCGGACAUCGCAAAAGCCGCCAUGUGUUCAAUAGAUACCAAUACUGACUCGUUAGUGCCCAAACCUCGCCUCAUACUACAAAUGCACGACGAACUAGUUUACGAAGUGCCUCAGUAUUAUAAACAAACGUUCGUAGCUAUUAUGAAGAAAGUAAUGGAAGAAUCCGUGAAACUGACGGUGCCGUUGCCUGUUAAAGUGAAGUGUGGAUAUUCGUGGGGUAGUCUGACAGAAAUGAAAUUGUAUUGA